AUGUCUGGGAAUUAGAAAAUAACGCAGAGGAGAAUCACAAUAUCCUCUGAAUUGGCAAGUCGUUCGAUAUCCUUAGCAUAAAUAUACCAAGGUAUUUGCAUAAAUGAAAUAGAUUCAAAUUAAUACAUUAAAUAUGAUAAUAGGAAUUCAAUAAAAUAAUUCAAGUUUUCCUAGCAAGCAUCACCUUUGAAGAUUGCUGCUUCUCGUUCUAGAAUUCUAGAAGAAAGAGAAUUAGAUCAAUCAUUUUGUCUAAGUAACCAAUAUUUUACAGAAGACUCUUUGCCUUCCAUAAAUGUUGUUGAUAAAUUUAACGAUUCAUCUGAGAGUAAUUCGGAAGGUGAUUCUAAAAAAGAACAAAAAAGCCAGAAGUCUAAGAAAUAAAAGACAAACUAAUUUAUAGGUGACAAUGAAAAAUAAGAUAAUUUUCUAAACGAGGCAUUAUAAAUAUCCACUAAAUUUUUUGAUGCUCAAAUUGAUUUAGAAAAAAUAAUUCGAAAACAUCAUAAGCUUAGUCAAAGAAAUCCAUUCAAAGACCCUUAUUAUGUCCAAUUAAAAGUAUAGAGCGGGUACAAUCGAUUGAAUUAUGAACUGAGCCAUUAUCAUGACAAAAAUAAAUACUUGAAGAUUAGAAAGUAUAUAGUUUAUUUAUGCUAUCUUCCCUCUCUAAUAAUAGAGCCAAUUUUAUUGACUGUGUUUUUCAAGUUAUUUAUGACUGUUCUAAUUUUAUGCAAUGUUGGGUUAUUCAUUUUUGUGAAAACUAACAGAAGAACUGAUACUGACAACAUUGAGUAGGUCAUAACAAUCCUAUUUUUGAUUGAAAUUGGUAUGAGGAUCAUAGCAUCUGGUAUAAUUUUGAAUCGGAAGAGUUUCUUUAGGAGUCCCCUUAAUAUUUAUGAUUUUCUGUUGGUCAUCUUAACAACCAUGAAUCUCUACAGACCAGAUAUUAUCAUUAUAGAUUUAUCUCCUUUCAGAAUGCUCACUCUAUUAAACUAUUUGGGAGACAUCCUUAAAGGAUUAUCAACAAUGUUGAAAGCAUUAAAAUCCUCAGUACGUUUGUUAUUAGAGGCAUUAAUUAUAGUAGGUUUGUUUUCUUUAUUCUUUGGUGUUUUUGGAGUGCUGCUAUUUUAGAAUUUGUUUAAUUAUAGAUGUCAAUUUGAAAAUGGAGAAGAGACUGAAGAUUGGAUUCAAUGUGUUUAAGACUCAUGUCCUGAAGGUAUGAAAUGUCUUUAUUCUAAUCAAACGCCUAAAUUACCAACAUCCUUCAAUAACAUUGUCUAUGCAUUGGGAUAGAUCUUAAGAACCAUUACAAUGGAUGAUUGGAGUUGGGUCAUGUUUUUUACAAUGAGGAUUUAUCAUCCAUAUGUGUGGAUUUAUUAUUUGCUGAUUAUCUUUGUGGGAGGCUUUUUUGGUUUCAAUUUGGUCAUUGCAGUAUUGAAAACGCAUUACGCAGAGGCAGCGGAGGAGACUGUCUAGGAGGAAAGGCAAUAGGAAAUGCUAAAGAGAUUAAAAGAAAAACAAGAAAAUCCAGAAAGAGACUUAAUAUCAAUCUUUGAUGUAGCCAUCCUUAGACACAUAGGAAUAUAUUAAUCUUAUAAAAAGUAUCAUAUAUAAUUACAAAAUGUUGCUAAUGUUACUUAAAAGUUUACAAUUGAGAAAAUUAAAAAGGAGUAGGAGACAUCUCAGAAACCCAGAACAUUGUCAGGUAAAUAAACCGAUUUUGAAAAUAGAAAAAAAGGGAUUCAAGAUUAUUUGGAAAGCAUCAACUUAAAAUAUUUUUUGCUUCCAAAAUUAAAAUAUUUGGAGUAACUUUAGAAGGAAAUAAAGCCAACUAAUUUCACGGAUGAUCCUUUAGAAUUGAAAUUAAUCCAUAAGUUAUUGUAAUAUGAUUUCUGUUAAUUGAAGCCAUAUCCCAAUUUUGAGAUCUAUCAUGAGUUUAGUAGUGUACAGGAUAUCUUACAGGCUUAAACCAAAAAAUAGUAGCGUUUGAAUGAAUAAACAUAAAAAUAGCUAAUUUAAUAGAGACGUUCGAUCCGAUUAAAGUAAACCUAUUCGUUGUCGACUUUGAAUUUGCUAAAGAAACAGCCUCAAAGAGAGAAAUUUAAAUUGCCGUUGAAAAAACAAAGUCGAUUUCGAAAUGUAUUACGAGAAGACCAAACGCUGGAAAACUCUGGAUAGAAUAUUAAUGUGGAUAGAUAGGAAUCAACGAAACUACAUCAUUUGUAACAGGGAAAUUCGAUAAAGAGCAUGCCAUUCUCAGUUAAAAACAAAUAAAAGACAUAUGUCUUUAUAUAGGAAUAGUAUAUCGAUUACGAGGCAGUGAGUGAGAAGAUAAAUGCAAAGAUAUAGAUUAUUCCUGAUAAUUCUGAAUCGAAUGAAUUCAGGUAUGGAUUGAUAAGGAAGAAGGAGAUGGUCAGUAAAACGAUAAAUAAGAAGAAUUGGUCUGGGAGAGAUGUACUUUAUUAGAAUUUAGCAAGGUUCAUAAGUUUUGAUUAGAUAAAGAAGGCAUUAAAUCAUUAGGAAAAGAUGAUAUGGUUAAGAGGAAUUAGUGGUAAGAUUUAGAUAGCAUAAAAAUAUACUUAUAUAGUAGUGAGCAGCAAAUUUAGCGAUUUAUUCUUCGAUUUAAUAAUACUGUUUAACUUUGUGUUUUUGUCAUUGCAGGGGAUUGUGAAUCCUGGGUUGAUAUCUCAGAUAGAAGAUAUAACAACAAUCUGUUUAUGUAUUGAGAUAGUAAUGAAGCUAUUCUCGUUUAACUGUAAGGAAUUGGUAAGUGAUUGGAAUCACAUUGUUCAGAUAUUGAUAGUGUCAUUAAAUUUUGUAGAAUUAACUUUGGGGGAUGAGAUAGGCAGUUCAACGCAGUAAGGUUUGAGAUUGAUUAGAGGAACAAAAUGUUUACUAUUUUAUCGAUGUUUAAAGUACAAUAAGAUGGCAGCCAAGAUAGGAUGGAUAGCAUAGAAGACAUUUGAGUAGUACAUAUAUUUGACGUUUUUAAUGUUCUUGGUUAUUUUCAUGUAUGCUCUAAUAGGGAUGGAAAUGUAUGCAGGGAUGUUUGAUUAGAAUGAUACAUUAGGAUAGUUGCAUUCAUUUGAUAAUAUCAUCAAAUCUUUUAUGACUAUUUUCAACAUAAUGACAAAUGAUGAUUGGUAUGGAGUAUAUGUGAUGGGAGGGAGUUUGAAUUACAAUUUUGCUUUGAUAUAUUCAUAUUCAAUGGUCAUAAUAUUGAACUACUUGACUUAUGGUUUGGUGUUGGCAAUAAUGUUAGAUGGGUUUGGAAAGUAUUUAGGGAAUGAGGAAGAGAUUCUUAAGGAGGAUGAAAUGUAGAAUCUAUAGAAUUCGAUAAAUUCUGAGCAGCAUGACGUGAUAUUUGAGGAAGAGGAGAGCAAAGAUGUGGAGACAUAAGCAAGACGAUACAAGUUAAGUUUGAUUUCCAAUUUGUUGAUUUCGAUAAAAUAGGCUUAUAAUAAAAUUUAGAGGAAGAAAGGAUCAAUCUAUCAUGAGAUACAGUGUUAGCAAUCUUUGUAUAUAUUUGAUAAAAGCAAUUGGUUUAGAAUUGGUGUCACGAAAUUAGUUAUAUCACCACUUUAUAUUUACUUGAUGGAUGGAGUAAUUUACUGGUCAAUUGUGGUAUUUAUAAUAAAGACAUAUCAUGAUUACGAGAUAGACUCUUCUGAUCUGCCAGACACUCUGCAAUUAAUAGUCAACAUUUUGAUUAUAAUUGAUUUCUUGUUAAAUAUUAUUAGCAAAGGUUUGAUAUUGGACAGAGGAUCACAUAUUCAGAGUAUUUGGCAGAUAGUAGAUAUUAUUUACAUAAUUGCAUAUUUUAUACAAUAUCAUAGAAGUAAUUAUGCACCAAUAGUGGAUGUUCUGAUGUUCUUGGGUUAUUUUAGACCAAUGAUAUUGAUGUAUAGAAUCAGUUGGUUGAUCUAAUUAAGGGCUGCAUUGGCACAAUCAUUGGUGGAUAUUUUGAAUGUGUUGAUUACUCUACUUUCAGUGUGGUUUGUGUUCGGUGUGUAUGGAAUCAUUUUAUAUGAGAAUCAAUUUGGGUUUUGUGAGGACAAGAUGGAAUUUUAUGUUUCUUAUGAGGAGUGCUAAUCACAAAAUAGAACAUGGGUGAAUUAUAAACAUAACUUUGAUAAUAUUACAGUAGCUAUUCCCACUUUAUUUGUGGUGUCUACUUUUGAUGGUUGGGGAGAGAUAUUGCAAGUGGCUGAAAACAGUCAGAUUGCAGACAUAGGCCCAGUUCCAUUUGAUAGUUACCUUUAUACGUAUUUCUUUUUGAUUAUAUUCUGUUUCAUUGGAUCAAUGUUCUUUUUGAGUUUAUUUACUGGAGUUCUCUUUACAAAUUUGAAGGAGAAUUAAUUCAAGAUGUAAAAUAAUGAGUUAAGUCAAGUGCAACGAGAAUUCAAGAGCAUCACUAACAUAAUCAUGUCUGACUUUCCCAUUUAUUCUACACCUCCUAAGUAUGGAGUUCGUAAAAUGGCAUCAGAUAUAGUUAACAAUCACAGGGUCAAAUAAUGCAUAUUCGCCUUUUUGAUUAUGGACCUAGUCAUUUUGUUAUUGUUCAGAUCUGAAAUGGACAGAGAUUACUUUCUUGUUAUCAACUCAAUACACCAUUCUUUGACUAUUCUCUACCUCCUAUGGAUCAUCUUAAUGGUGUUGGCCUUGGGAGUGAAUAGAUUUUUUGAUAACAAUUGGAGAAGAUUCUAUUUCUUCUUGAUACUUGUCGGAAUGAUUGACUUAAUAGCACAUUACAUAACUGAUUGGACUAGAGUGUAAUACUACUCCUCUCCAAAUGAAUAGUAUUAUCAAUUGUAUCGUUUCUUCUUUGCAUUACGAAGUCUAAGAAUCAUUCUCAUCUUCCAAGGACUCAUCAACAUUCAGAGACUAAUCAGAGUAAUGGCAUUUGCAGUCCCAUACUUAGUCAAGAUCUUCACUAUUCUCAUCAUCACCAUGUUUAUAUUUGCACUAUUCGGAUGCCAAUUAUACGGCAAGAUAGAUUCAGGUUAAGUGAUGGAUGACCUCAUCAAUUUCACUAAUUUUGGGAAUGCAAUGUUGGCACUCUUCAAAUGUGCUUCUGGUGAUGAUUGGAGAACCAUCAUGACUGACACAAUGCAACACAAUCCCUUAUGUUAAGAAGAUCCCAAAUACUGUGGAUCUCCUACCAAUCAACUAUAUUUCAUACUCUUCAUGCUCCUGUCCAACUAUGUCCUCCUCAAUCUAUUUGUCUUAGGCCUUAUCGAGCAAUUUGAAUAGUUCUUCUAAAUGCAGAAUUCCUAAAUCCAAACCUAUGUCGAAAACGUUGACGACAUCAAAACCAUCUGGUGCAAAUACACCACUUAGACUCAAGGAAAAACUAUGCAUUACAAAUUCUUGGGCAAAUUCCUGAUGGACAUUGGUCUCCCUCUUGGAGUUGACCAAGACUCCAAUCUCUGGGAUGCCUGCAAGUUGUCAUCCAAAUUUAAACUAUAAUGUGACUCCCAUGGUUACAUCCAAUAUAACUCACUUAUGUAUGAACUGUUUAGACGAUGUUUCUACCAAGAAGUGUUCACCUAAGGUACUCCAGAAUCUAUCAAAUUAAUCAAAUAAUUCAAUAAAGAACAGCAAUUCAGACUCAAAUAUUACCGGAAAGACAAAAAUAUCCCAAGAACAAAUAUUGGUCCUGCCAUCUCUAUUCAAACCAACAUCAAUUUACUUCGCGAAUAUUUAAAUGUGUUAAUCUUAUUUAAAACCUGGCAAUAAUUCAGUAAGUCUCUCAUUAAGAAAGUCAACCAAGAUGAACAUCAAUUUACUGAUAGCGAUAUUUCUCUGCAAAACCCUUCAGAAAACGGAUAUCAAAGGAGUUAGAAUCAUAUCUUAUAGGAAGAGUCCUAGAUCGAAUCCAAACAGGAUAACUACAUCGAUCAACUCCAAAUCAGCCGACACAGCGUCUCCUAAAGCAGUUAAAUUAACCAAUAUAAUGACUUGCUUUUUUACAAAGGAAACUAUGAAACAUCUCUAUAGAGUGAAAACCGAGACUUUACAUUCCUAAAAACUGAAAAACGCUACGAUUCUGAAUUAUGA